CGCACUCUUGUUUCAACUUGUCGUCUUCCCUUAAUUAGAAAUCUCCCCCAAAAACCCUAGCUUAAACCCUAACUACCUCCGCCACACUUUCCCUCUCUCUCAAGAUGUCCUCUUUCGAAGAUGGUUUCUCGGCGGAGAAGCUCUUCUCUCAGGGAUACUCUUACACCUACGACGACGUCAUCUUCCUCCCUCACUACAUCGAUUUCUCCACAGACGCCGUCUCUCUCUCCACGCGCCUCAGCCGGCGCGUGCCCCUCUCGAUACCUUGCGUCUCCUCUCCGAUGGACACUGUCUCGGAGUCUCACAUGGCUGCUGCAAUGGCCUCCCUUGGAGGGAUCGGAAUCGUCCACUAUAACUGUGACAUCGCCUCUCAGGCGUCGGUGAUCCGACAGGCUAAGUCUCUCCGGCAUCCGAUUGCUUCCGACGCCGGCGUGAAGCUCCCGGAGUAUGAGAUUACUUCGUUGGAUGCUUUUGGUCCUUCUUCCUUCGUUUUUGUCACGCAAUCAGGAACAAUGACGGUUCCAAAGUUGUUAGGCUACGUCACGAAAGCACAGUGGACAAAAAUGAACUACGAGCAAAGAGAGAUGAAGAUACACGACUACAUGAAGAGCUGUGAAGGCAGCGAGUAUUGUGUACCAUAUGACAUUGACAUCGAGAAGAUUGAAGCUUUGUUAGAAGAUAAGCAGAAGGGCUUUGUGGUUCUCGAAAGAGAUGGUGAGACUGUGAACGUGGUGACAAAGGACGAUAUAGAGAGGGUUAGAGGGUAUCCUAAGUCAGGACCAGGGACUUUAGGUUCAGACGGUGAGUGGAUGGUUGGUGCAGCGAUAGGGACUAGGGAGUCUGAUAAGGAGAGGCUGGAGCAUUUGGUUAAAGCUGGGGUUAAUGUUGUGGUGUUGGAUAGUUCUCAAGGGAACUCUAUUUACCAGCUUGAGAUGAUUAAGUAUGUGAAGAAGACUUAUCCUGAGUUGGAUGUGAUUGGUGGAAACGUUGUGACUAGUUAUCAGGCGCAGAACUUGAUUCAAGCUGGAGUUGAUGGGUUGAGGGUAGGUAUGGGAUCUGGUUCUAUAUGUACUACACAAGAGGUUUGUGCAGUUGGUCGUGGACAGGCUACUGCUGUGUACAAGGUUUGUUCACUUGCUGCUCAGAGUGGGAUUCCGGUUAUAGCGGAUGGUGGUAUCUCAAACUCAGGUCACAUUGUAAAAGCUCUAGUCCUUGGAGCAUCAACUGUUAUGAUGGGAAGCUUCUUAGCUGGUAGCACUGAGGCUCCUGGGGCUUAUGAGUAUAAGAAUGGCAAGAGGAUCAAGAAGUACCGUGGAAUGGGAUCGCUAGAAGCAAUGACUAAAGGAAGUGAUCAGAGAUACUUAGGAGACAAAACAAACCUCAAGAUUGCUCAAGGAGUGGUUGGAGCAGUUGCGGAUAAAGGCUCAGUGUUGAAGUUGAUACCUUACACAAUGCACGCCGUGAAGCAAGGUUUCCAAGACCUUGGUGCUUCUUCCUUGCAAUCUGCUCAUGAUCUGUUGAGAUCUAACGUCCUCAGGCUUGAGGCUCGAACCGGUGCAGCACAGAUCGAAGGUGGUGUUCACGGUCUAGUUUCUUAUGAGAAGAAAUCGUUUUAA